AUUAGCUUAAGUUUCCAUUACUAUCUAAAAAUAGCUAUGGCAACUACAGUUUUCUCUCGGUUUUCUACAUACUUUUGUGUUCUUCUCUUAUGUCAUGGUUCUAUGGCCCAACUAUUUAAUCCAAGUACAAACCCAUGGCACAACCCUCGGCAAGGGAGUUCGAGAGAGUGUAGAUUCGAUAGAUUACAGCCAUUUGAGCCUCUUCGGAAAGUGAGGUCAGAAGCUGGUGUGACUGAGUACUUUGACGAGAAGAAUGAGUUGUUCCAGUGCACAGGUACUUUUGUCAUCAGACGUGUCAUUCAGCCUCAAGGUCUUCUGGUGCCUCGAUACACCAAUGCUCCUGGCUUGGUCUACAUCAUCCAAGGGAGAGGUUCUAUCGGUUUGACCUUCCCCGGUUGCCCUGCUACUUACCAGCAGCAGUUCCAACAAUUUUUGCCUCAAGAACAAAGUCAGAGCCAAAAGUUUAGAGAUGAGCACCAAAAGAUCCAUCAAUUUAGACAAGGAGAUAUUGUUGCGCUCCCGGCUGGUGUUGCACAUUGGUUCUACAACGAUGGUGAUGCGCCUGUUGUUGCCGUAUAUGUUUAUGAUGUAAGAAACAGUGCUAAUCAGCUUGAACCAAGGCAAAGGGAGUUCUUAUUAGGUGGUAACAACAUGAGAGCUCAACAAGUGUAUGGUAGCUCAGCUGAGCAACACUCUAGGCAAAACAUAUUCAGCGGAUUCGGUGUUGAGAUACUAAGUGAGGCUCUAGGCAUCAGUACAGUAACAACAAAGAGGUUACAGAGCCAAAAUGACCAACGUGGAGAAAUUAUACAUGUAAAGAACGGCCUUCAAUUUUUGAAACCCACUUUGACACAACAACAAGAACAGGCACAAGCUCAAUACCAAGAAGUUCAGUACAGUGAACAACAACAGACAUCUUCCCGGUGGAAUGGAUUGGACGAGAACUUCUGCACAAUCAAGGCGAGGAUGAACAUUGAAAACCCUAGUCGUGCUGAUACAUACAACCCACGUGCUGGAAGGACCACAAGUCUCAAUAGCCAGAAGUUCCCCAUCCUUAACCUCGUCCAAAUGAGUGCUACGAGAGUAAAUUUGUAUCAGAAUGCUAUUCUCUCACCUUUCUGGAAUGUCAAUGCUCAUAGUUUGGUCUAUACCAUUCAAGGACGCGCUCGUGUUCAAGUUGUUAGUAACUUUGGCAAGACUGUGUUCGAUGGUGAACUUCGCCCAGGACAACUGUUGAUCAUUCCACAACACUAUGUUGUCUUGAAGAAAGCACAACGUGAAGGAUUCCGAUACAUUGCAAUCAAGACAAAUGCUAAUGCCUUUGUGAGCCAGCUUGUAGGGAAAAACUCGGUAUUCCGUUCCCUGCCGGUUGAUGUGAUUGCUAAUGUGUAUCGCAUCUCAAGGGAGCAAGCUAGAAGCCUCAAGAACAACAGGGGAGAAGAGCAUGGUGCAUUCGCUCCUAGAUCUCAACAACAAUCCUACCCAGGAUUCUCGAAUCAGUCCGAAAGCGAGACUUCGGAGUGAUGUAACUAACAGCUUGUAUCAGCAUAUAGAAAAAUAAAACACCACAAGUAUAUGACAUUUGGUGGUGAUUCCAUUCCUUACCAGCACUAAUAAAGGUUACAACUUUCUU